GAUAUUCAAUCCAGUGCCAAUGAGAGUGUGUCGGUUUAAUCGUGCAAUCAUUGCUGCUACUGCACUGACGUUUAUUCGUCGCUCAGUAGUGAGCAGUUUCAGAUAUUUCAAUGCUGGUGUUGAUUAUGGAAAAAGCGGUCAAGCUGCAAACCAAACGGAAACGAUAUUUUCGAAGAUUCUGCGCAAGGAAAUUCCGGCAGACAUCGUGCACGAGGAUGAGAAGUGCAUUGGCUUCAGGGAUGUCAAUCCCCAAGCACCAACACACAUUCUCAUCAUUCCUCGGCAGCACAUCCCUAUGCUAACACAAGCACAAGCAUCAGAUGCCGAACUGCUCGGUCACCUAUUGCUGACUGCAAAUAAGAUUGCUGCAGCAGAAGGUCUGGAACAAGGAUUCAGACUAGUGAUCAACAACGGCGAACAUGGUGCUCAAUCAGUGUACCACCUGCAUGUUCAUCUACUGGGUGGAAGACAACUCACGUGGCCUCCUGGAUAACCACAAAUACUUUACACGUGCAUUCAGACAAUCAUAAUUAGUAUAUU